AUGAAAUGUCUCCGAGUUGAAGAUGAAGUGCUGUGGAGAACAUACGCAGCCAGACGAGCAGAGAUUCGCAAAAGAUCUGUGGUUCGAGCUGAUGUCAAGCCGGAAACGGCAGAAAGCUUCCAAUACUCUGCCACGUUGUCGCUGGACCACGGAGUCAAUGAAGUCUGGCUGCUGCAUGGUACCUCUGAGGUGGCUGCGAAUGCUAUCUCCAAGGGCAAUUUUAUCCCAAGCACUGGAGGGUGUUUUGGAGCAGGAGUUUACUUUGCAGACACCGCGUCAAAAAGCAAUGGCUAUGCGAAAGCAGCAGGCGAUGGUUGCAAAAUCAUGCUGCUUUGCAGAGUCGUCCUCGGCAAUGUCAGGGUGCUGCCGAAGGGAAGCGACAGCUCAGCAGACCGCUUUGCAAAAGACCCUGGUGUGGAUACCAUCCUGGGCGAAACUAAUGCGCGAGAGUUCGUGGUGUACGACGCUACCCAGAUUUAUCCGGAGUACAUCAUGUACUACAAAGAAUCGUGA